AUGGCAGAUGCAGAUCCCGAAGAGAGCAAGGAGGUUUCAGAAGCUCCUCCGGAGGCGGUGAUCACAAGAUUGCUUCUCGCUGUUGGGUCCUUUCUGCUGUCGCUCAUCCGAAACUGUGUCUAUCCCGUGAAGGAGAUGUUGACCAGGUGCAUGGAUCGACUGAAGACUUGGCUGCAUCAGGAACAGAUACGGCACUUUGGAAUGGGGACAGGUUCAGACUUGGCACGCCACUUGGAAUCAAGGCGUUCUUGCAGAUUUGCUUUGAGUGCAGCGGCUGCGACACCCCUGCAAAGCCGGGGGUGCAGCCACUCGUCCCAGACUUGUCCAGAACCGGUGACUGGUCUAUUCAGUUCAGGAGCUUCUGGUGGUCAUUUUGCCAGACCGCUCCCGGUGCCCGUGGCAUCCAAGCCUUUGGGCAACCAACUGGCAGCAGUUCAUCUGGGAGCAAUUGCGACACAGAGGAGUGUGUCUCCGUUGUCUCCACGGGCGAGUUCCACGUGCUCGACUCCCUUGCAGUACACUCGCUAUGUUCGAACUCCUGUCAGGGCCAGAUCGAUCUCUCCUGCACCAGUGAUCCAUGCAGCAAACAACGCCUCAAAUCUUAACUGGACUACGUUGCCACCGUCGCCGACUGCAUCACCAGGAACAUCCUUCCGAACUACCUUCAGCUAUAUUCAACCGUCUGCUGCUUCCGUGUCAUCUCCAGUUCGAGGGUGGGAAGCCGCACGGUCCCUGUCUCCAGUGGUGGCGUAUCGGUCCGUGCUACGGCCUGUGCCGACUUCAAACUAUGUCCUGGGUGCACAGGUGAUGCACCGAACUUCGAGUAUGCGAGCCAUGCCAGGACCCGAACUCGGGUUUACGCAGAUGACGCCGGCUGUGGGCUCUCGCUGGGAGGCAGACGCCCGGUCGAUCGGUGCUCGUUCGAACUUGUGUCCAGAGCCUUCAGCGGGUGGCGACGGAGUUGCAGUGGCUGUUGAGCAAGAGGAGCUGCUCGAGGAACCCCAGGAUGAGGAUGACACCGUGCACGUGCAGGAGAGCAACGAGGAAAACGAGGAGGCCUACAUUCUGUCGGCAUUCCGCCACAAUCAUCAAAGCACAGAUGAGCGGCAUCUGGGAGGGGAGAGCGCGGCCGCCUGGAGGAAAGCCGUGGCGGAUGCAUCUUUUGCUGCCAAGGCUGUUCUCGAUAUGGCGCCUUCAGCACAGCAAGUCGCUGAUGUUGAAGACUCUCCUCCAAGCAUGGAAACUCUGCGGGCCACGCUGCAAGUAUUGCGCGCACGCGAUGACACUACACAUCCAUGUACUGCAAAGACGGUGUAUGGGCUUGGUGUCGACAAGAAAGACAUCCCGAACGACCAGUCAACUGCGGCUGCUCUCGAGACAGCAGCAAUGAACUUGGCUAAUGCGGCGGCUGAAGCAGCCACUGCUCUGGAAUGCAGGCGGUAG